AUGGAAGAGCUGGUGGUGGAGGUACGGGGGACCAGCGGAGCGUUUUAUAAGGCAUUUGUGAAGGACGUUCAGGAGAGUUCUGUCUCUGUCACCUUCGAGAACAACUGGCAGCCUGAGAGACAGAUCUCCUUCAGUGAUGUGCGGUUUCCUCCUCCUCCAGGAGCAACUCUGAAGGAGAUCAACGAGAGCGACGAGGUGGAGGUUUACUCCAGAGCCAACGACAAGGAGCCGUGCGGCUGGUGGCCCGCUAAGGUCCGCAUGGUUAAAGGAGAGUUCUAUGUCAUUGAGUAUGCUGCCUGUGAUGCAACGCUGAAUGAGAUUGUGACGCUGGAGCGACUCCGAGCCGUAAAUCCGAACAAAGCUAAUGCUAAAGCUACGUUCAUCAAGAUCAGACUGGACGUCCCAGAAGACCUGCGGCAGCUGUGUUCUAAAGAGUCCUCUCACAAAGACUUUAAAAAGGCUGUGACUGCGUUUAGUGUGACCUACGACUCUGAGAAGAAGCAGCUGGUCAUCCUGUCGGUGAACGAGGUGACCACGAGGAGAGCUCAGAUGAUGAGUGACAUGCACUUCAGGAGCCUGAGGACCAAACUGUCUCUGAUGCAGAGGAACGAGGAGGCUAGCAAGCAGCUAGAGAGUUCCAGACAGCUGGCGUCUCGGUUCCAUGAUCAGUUCUGUGUACGUGACGACCUGAUGGGUCUGGCCAUUGGGACUCACGGAGCGAACAUCCAACAGGCACGAAAGGUCACAGGGGUCACCAACAUCGACCUGGACGAGGAGACCUGCACCUUCCACAUCUACGGAGAGGACCAGGAGGCCGUGCGCUUGGCUCGCACUUUCCUGGAGUUCUCUGAAGACGUCAUCCAAGUUCCCAGGAACCUCGUUGGGAAAGUGAUCGGAAAGAACGGGAAGCUGAUCCAGGAAGUGGUGGAUAAGUCUGGAGUGGUGAGAGUCAGGAUCGAACCAGAGAACGACAAGAAGCCCACAGCCGCCACAGACGAGGGGAUGGUUCCAUUUGUGUUUGUUGGAACAAAGGAGGCCAUUUCUAACGCCACAGUUCUGCUGGAUUAUCACCUCAACUAUCUAAAGGAGGUGGACCAGCUGAGACUGGAGCGGUUGCAGAUAGAUGAGCAGUUGCGCCAGAUCGGAGGAGCUGGACCAGGACCAGGACCAGGACCAGGACCAGGAUCCAGAAACCCCAAAGACAAGGUCUACGUGUUCGACAACGGAGCAGGACGGGGCGAGCGAGGGGACAGGGGCGAGAGAGGACGACCCUACGGGGGGCGUGGCCGAGGACGCCGAGGGGGAGGAGCUUUCACCUCAGGGACUAACUCAGAGGCGUCGAACGUGUCGGAGACUGAGUCGGACCACAAAGACGAGCUCAGUGAUUGGUCACUGGCUCCGGCUGACGAGCUGCUGACAGGAGGCGGGACUUUACCCAGACGCAGCGGAGAAGGGAGGAGGCGGGGCACAGGGGCGGGGCUACGGGGGAGAGGGGGGCGGGGCCGAGGGGGGUUCAAAGGUGAGAGACUCUUUGAUCACUGUUUGGUUAAAUGA